GCUGAGGAAAGACUUGGUUUGCCCAGGCUGUCUGUGGUUAACUUCCUCCUCCAGUUGGAGAAACUGCCAGUAAAGGAAGAAUGACAAUUUACAUACCAUAGCAAGGCUUAUCCUCCUCGCGUCUUAGUCACAGCCCCCUACUUAAGACAUCCUGGGAAAUCCCUAUUUAGAAGAGAAGAAAAGUUAAAAUCACAGUUGCUGUGCUUAUAACCUUAUUCUGUGUAAUUCACAUACAGAGUCUCUUCUGUUCGUUGUUAAUGAAAAACUAUUGCUAUUAUUUUCUAUCAUGACUUAACUGUUUGUGUGGUCUUUUUCUAAAUGUUGUAUAUUUGGUCUCACUUUAAAAGACACCAUAAGAGACAUUUUCUUUCUUUUUUUCUCUCUGCUUUUUAAGAUUCCAGGGAAGACAACUUCCAUGGCAAAUUUUGUACAGGGUACAACUAGAACGAGUGCUGCAGAAAGUUCUACGGAGCAUGCAGAGUGUGCUCAAUCAUCAAGAAGAAAGAACUUGACAAAUCCUCUUGAACAAAAGAUAAGGUGCUUGGAAAAACAAAGAAAAGAGCUCCUGGAAGUUAACCAGCAAUGGGAUCAGCAAUUUAGAAGUAUGAAAGAGUUAUAUAAAAGAAAGGUCGCAGAGCUGAAAAUGAAACUGGACGCAGCAGAGAGAUGCCUCAGCACACAAGAGAAGGAGCGGCAGCAGAGUCAGAGAGAGAGCGACAGGCAGCGCGACCUGGCCCGGGAGCGGCGACAGCGCGAGGAGAAGGAAAAGGAGAGCCUAAAUGAAGAAUUACAUGAAUUGAAGAAAGAAAAUAAGCUUUUGAAGGAAAAAAAUGCUCUCGCAAACAAGAAGAAGGAACAUUAUGAAUGUGAAAUAAAACGCCUCAAUAAGGCUCUUCAGGAUGCCUUGAAAAUCGAGUGUUCUUCAUUUCCUGAGGACUGUUUGGGAAAGUCUGAAAUGGAGUGCUGCCAUGAGGAGAUGAGAACAGAAAUGGAAGUUCUUAAACAGCAGGUGCAAAUAUACGAAGAAGACUUCAGAAAGGAGCGAUCAGACCGAGAAAGACUCAAUCAGGAAAAAGAGGAGCUACAGCAAAUUAAUAAAACUUCUCAAUCCCAGUUGAACAAGCUGAAUUCUCAGAUAAAAGCUUGUCAGAUGGAGAAAGAAAAACUAGAAAAGCAAUUAAAACAGAUAUAUUUCCCAACCUGUAACUGCGGCUUGGGUUUCCACCUGCGGGAUCCAUGUGUACCAACCGGUCCCAGAGCUGUGCAGGAUCAACAGAAGCACCCACCAGAGUAUCAGUGGUAUGCUCCUGACCAGUUUCCGCCAGAUGUGCAGCAGAAGGCAAAUGGUUUCUCCUCAGAAAAGAAAGUCCAUCAGUAGAAGCACACGAGCAGAGGGAGAGCUUGGCUGAGGGCCUUCAUUUUUCUUUUCACUGUGGCUCUGUCUGCUACAACUGUACAUCAUCUACUCCAUUAUUUGUGCCUGGUAAUGUUUCACUUUGGCAUGGACAGAGGAAAAGGCUUGUGACAGCUGAGAUCCUGAUCAAGUCUGAGGAGCCAGUGUUAUACAGCCAAGCACAACUUCCAGUUGUCUCGAAAUGAGAUUUGGCAGAUGGAUUAUAGGCCACUCCUUGGACCUCUCUUCAGCAUAUUGCUGUUGGAUUUACGGAGGUGAUUUCAUGAUUUCAGCAACUCCACUUUUAGUGCAAUGAUAUUGUAUGUUGAUUUAAAUAUAUAUUCCCUGAGGGAAAAAUUUCUGCAGUUGUAAAUUUUUAACUUUGCUCCCAUUAUAUUUAAAGGGGCUUAGUUCUUUAGCUGGUUUAACUGGAUACUAUGUUGGGAU